AUGGCGUUCUCCUUUUCAGAUGAAGCUUUGGGGGUGCCUACCCUGGCAAUCGUUUUGCUACCCAUCGGUCUUUACAUGCUGUGGAAUCACUACCGCACACUAUUGGAAGCCAAGAAACCCUUCCCAGAUUUGCCCAUGCCUCCCCAAAGUCACUGGUUUUUUGGCCACGUCAAGAUGCUGUUUGACGCAAAUAAAUUUCCGCAGAACCUAUACACCGUCAAUCGAGAUAGUGCCAACAAAGACGGGCUCGUCGGAUAUUGGUUUGGCAACAAGAAAGUCAUUGGUGUGUUGAAAGUGGAAGAUGCGCGCAAGGUUUUCCUCCGAGAAUCCAAUCGAGAAACUAUUCCUGUUGUAGCCAGGUAUAUUUCCUUCAUCCUUGGUGAAAAGAGCUUGAUUCGACUGAACGGAAGGGAAUGGAGAAUCCACAGGGACGCCAUCGCGAGGACCUUUGUGCCUUCCUUCUUGUUGCACUCGCAAAAAGACGUCUUUCAAGUCGCCCAAGAUCUCACUCAGGCUAUCAUUAAAAGGAUUGAUGAGACAGAGAACAAAGUCUGGCAAGUUGAUAAUAUCCACCCACUCAUGAAAAUGGUCACCAUGGAUGUAAUUGGGAAAGCUGGUUUUGGUGUUGACUUUGACUGCUGCAAGAAUUUGCAAUCAUCACCAGUGGUGAAGGCUUUUGAUUUGCUUACGGAAGACCUGACAAUACGCAUGAAAAGCCCUGUCCUUCCUUGGAAUCUGUUUCCCAACAUAUUUCCCACCAAGCAGAACAAACUGCACCUGGAAAACUGCGGGAUCCUACGUGGCUUUGUUGGUGAGCUACUUACCAAAGCCCAAAAGGAAUAUAUUGCCAACGAGAAUGGUGAAGCUGCCUCUACCAAUGGCAAUUCCAAACACCAGAAUCUCGUGGAAAGGCUGACUGCUGUGCAUGAAAUCAACAAGGCCAAGGGGCAUGAUGAUGCCAAAGCUCUUGACGAUGCCCUUUCCGAUGUCAUGAUGACACUUCUGUUUGCCUCGUACGACACAACCAGCACAACACUUACAAUGGUGCUCCACUCGCUGAGUAUUUAUCCCGACAUUCAAAAUAAUUGCUUGGAAGAAGUACAGUCCUUACUCAAGAAUGGAUCUGACUUGUCCAAUGCGGAUGAACUCUGCUAUUGCAUGGGGGUCAUCAAAGAGGCUCUGCGACUAUACCCGGCAGCGUUUACUGUCGCUCGGACGCUUACAAAGCCUCUUCAGCUGGCGAGUGGCUAUGUUGCCCAGGUUGGCACUCACAUGAACGUACCCAUCUUUGUCAUGCAAAGAGAUGAAUCCAUCUUUCCCAAGGGAGAUGAAUUCCAUCCAGAGCGUUGGGCUCAGCGAGUGUCAAGUACUAGUAGUUCCUCUGCUAACAAUGGUCAACUGUGGGAGGAACGAGCAUACAAGGUGGAUGCGGAACCUUCGAAGGGAAGCAUUCCUGCGGGCAAUCCAGAUGCCUUUUUUGCUUUUUCAGCUGGAGGACGAUCCUGUCCUGGUGCAAAAUUUGCCUUGCAGGAGGCGGUCAUUGUCUUGGCCAAUGUAUUGAAACAUCUAAAAGUUCUCCCCGUCCCAGACUUCAAGUUGGAAUUGCGACUGCAGGGUAUUUUGCCAUACCCAAAGGAUGGGGUUCCACUUCGCAUUGAGAAGCGACAGUCACUUGAUAUGUAA